AUGUAUAAUUGAAGAUAUAACAAGAGCGAUUUCAACAGAGGACAAAAAAAUGAAUUGAUCCUUCAAGAUUUAAAAAGGAAUUGAUCUCCUCUUAUGAAGAUUGCAAAUAGCCCUGAUUCAGAGCAAGAUUUUAGGAGAACUUGCUCGUUUUAUAAUGCUAGAAGCUCUGAUUCUGAUCUAUCAUCAAGCCAGGAGUAUAAGGAGUAUAUUAGCAAUUAUCAUCAUGCCACAUCUCUUUAUCUUAUUUUUCAAGAUGAUUUUGGGGAAGGUCAUUUAGUUAUUUAUGACACUGUAAAUGAAAGAGAAGAAGAAAAAAAAGCUGAUUACUCCAGAAAUGUGAGAUGAUGCAACAUGCAUAGCUCCACUCCCAGAUGGUGAGUUGUUCUGCUUUGGUUUUGGUCAGCCUUUUUCUUUUCGGUAUAUUUAUGAGGAAUCAUGCAAUAG